AGCUGCCUCUGUUGGACAGGAUCUAUGGACUUGUCUUCCCAGAAGGCCUGUGUGUGGGCCAAAUGAAGAAGCUUGGAUUAGAAAUUGGGCUGCUGUGCAAGGUUUCUCGGAGAAGUGGGUUUUGACCUGACAUGCUGAGAUGGAGAAGAUGGCCUGUGUUAGCACUGUCAGCAGCCGAACCAUGUUCUGCCACCUGGACGCUCCGGCCAAUGCCAUCAGCGUUUGCCGGGAUGCUACGCAGGUGGUGGUGGCUGGGCGGAACAUCUUCAAGAUCUAUGCGAUGGAGGAAGAUGGUUUUGUGGAGCGUCUGAACCUGCGUGUGGGCCGCAAGCCUUCGCUAAACUUCAGCUGUGCCGAUGUGAUGUGGCACCAAAUGGAGGAGAACCUGCUGGCCACGGCAGCCACCAACGGCGCGGUCGUGACGUGGAACCUGGCACGGCCUUGCCGCAACAAGCAGGAGCACCUGUUCACAGAGCAUAAACGCACAGUCAACAAGGUGUGCUUCCACCCCACUGAGGUGCACAUGCUCCUGUCUGGAUCACAGGACGGCUUCAUGAAGUGCUUCGACCUGCGCAAGAAAGAGAGCGUCAGCACUUUCUCUGGUCAGUCGGAGAGUGUUCGAGAUGUGCAGUUCAGCAUGAAGGAUUAUUUCACGUUUGCUGCAUCAUUUGAGAAUGGAAACGUACAGCUGUGGGACAUUCGCAGGCCCGACCGCUACGAGAGGAUGUUCACUGCACACACAGGGCCGGUGUUCUGCUGCGACUGGCACCCUGAGGACAGGGGAUGGCUGGCGACCGGUGGCCGUGACAAGAUGGUAAAGGUGUGGGACAUGACGACUAACCGGGCUAAAGAGAUCUACUGUGUGCAGACCAUUGCGUCGGUGGCACGGGUGAAGUGGCGUCCGGAGCGGCGCUGGCAUCUAGCCACCUGCUCCAUGAUGGUGGACCACAACAUCUAUGUUUGGGACGUCCGGCGCCCGUUCAUCCCCUUUGCCACCUUUGAGGAGCACAAGGAUGUCACCACUGGCAUCGUGUGGAGCCACCAGCAUGACCCCUACGUGCUGCUAUCCGGCUCCAAGGACAGUACGCUCUACCAGCAUAUAUUCAAGGAUGCCAGCCGGCCCGUUGACCGGGCCAACCCUGAAGGCCUCUGCUUUGGACUGUUUGGAGACCUGGCCUUCGCCGCCAAGGAGAGCCUGAUGACUGGUGAGGCUGGACGUAAGCCGUACCCAGCUGGUGAUCGCCGCUACCCUAUCUUCUUCUUCAAGAAGCCGGAUGUGACGGAACAGUUUGCGCAGGUUGCCAGUGCGCUGAGCGUGUUUGAGUCUGAGGCAGACGGCAGCAGCAGGAUGGACUGGUUCAUAAAGACAGCCCGCAGGUACCUGCUGAGCGGAAAACCCUUCGCUGAGCUCUGUGACCACAACGCUAAAGUCGCCAAGGAGCUGAACAGACCACAGGUCUCAACUACAUGGACCAUGCUGCGGAUCAUGUUUUCUGAUCCAGGAAACCCGGCCCUACCAGCCAAUCACAACAUGAGUAAGCUGGGCAACAUCCCCCUCAUGAACAGUUUUAAUUUGAAGGAGAUGAGUUCUGCUCUGAAUGAGAGAAACAAAGAGAACCGACAGGACAACCUGCACAACCUGGAGACGAACCUCAACAACGAUGAGAAUGAAGAAACAGAGGGCAGUGAUGGUCAGGCUGAGUAUCUCUUUGGUGAUGCUGAGCUGGACGAUGAUGACCUUUACAGCAUGGAGCAUGAAAAUCAAGCAGAAGAGGCAGAGUUUUCCCUCCCUCAGGAGGCUUUCCCACUGAGACAUGAGAUCGUGGACCACCCGUCUGCUCCUGAGCCUCCAGCUGAGAAGCCAGAGUCUCCGCAGGUGAGCGGCAGUGAGGCAGAGAGUUUCUGCCUGACACCCAUGGAAUCCAUCAGCCUGAUCUCCGUGUCCCAGCUGCUCUACCAGCCGCAGCUGCCCCCCAGCUUCUUCUGCCCUGUUGUAAGGGAGAUGCUGGACUACUAUGCUGAGCAGGGAGACGUACAGAUGGCCGUGUCUGUCCUCAUUGUGCUUGGAGACCGCAUCCGUAAGGAGAUUGACGAGCUCACACAGGAACACUGGUACAUGUCCUACAUUGAUCUGCUGCAGCGUUUUGAACUGUGGAACGUCAGUAACGAGGUGAUCAAACUGAGCACCUGUAGCGCCAUCACCUGCCUGAACCAGGCCUCUACCACACUGCACAUCAACUGCAGCAACUGCAAACGGCCUAUGAGCAACAAGGGCUGGAUCUGCGAUAGAUGUCACCAGUGUGCGAGUGUGUGUGCAGUGUGUCAUCACGUGGUGAAGGGCUUGUUUGUGUGGUGUCAGGGCUGCAGUCACGGAGGCCAUCUGGAACAUGUGAUGGAGUGGCUCAAAAGCUCCAACCACUGUCCUGCAGGCUGCGGACACUUGUGUGAAUACACCUGACACACACAUACACACUCCAUCUCUCUCUCACAAGCAUGGACACACACUUAAACGUUUGGCUGCAUCAUGAAACAGCAUGCGUCAUGAAGAAUGUACAAUUCCAUGCAAAAGUCAGUGACCUUUCUUUUUUUUUAAUUACAGACCAAAAGGCCAUUAUGUACAAAUGAUUAAUUUUAUUAUUUUAUUUAGUGUCAGUAAUGACACUGAACAGCAGACAGCAUGGGUUUAAAAGACAAUUGCUUCUCACGAUCCAAGUAACAAGUAAUCCCAACAUAUUCAGUGAUGUGGAGGGCUGGACUCUGAUGUGGUCAGUCCAUUAUUCUGAAAACACCAGCAGCUUUUUUUUUUGUUGGAUUUGCAAAUCUUUUUUUCCCCUUUUCUCACCACCAGCUUCAUAUCAGCUACACAUUUUUUCAGACUUGUAGUGUCUCUACCAAGUUUGGCAAGUUUGUUAGGCCCAUUUUCUCCAUCUUUUAAUCAUUUAGAUGAUUCCAUUUUUCAUUUUUUUUCUUAGACUUUCUUAGUGAUGUCUCCUGAAAAACAUUGGUUCUUUGUACUUAAUGGGCAUUGUAAGUGGAAAUUAAACAAAUGAAGGGUAGUUUUAGACUUUUGCCCAGUACUGUAUGACGCUAUGGUGGUGUCAACAAACGAUGAUGAACACUAAGGCACCUUCAACUACAGCUAGAUAACACCAGCUGAUCACAGGCAGCCAUGUAGUGUUUCUGUGAGAGCUGCCUUCUACAAAUGGACUUUAUUUAUGUAAAGCUUAAAUGUGCUGCAUUGUUCCCUGCAGCUGUGGAAAUUGUGGUAUUUAUUUUCAAUGUAAAUAUUUUUUGUUCAGUAAUCUGCAUGCCUGCAGUUCUUUUCAGCCAUUGCUAAUACACAAAGUGCAGCUUACUAACAAUAAAUGUACAUCUUUCUUC